AUGAAAAAUAAAAUAAAAAUAAAUAAAAGAUGCAAUUAUCGUGAAUGGCCAAUAAGAAGAUAAUUAAUGUUUUCUUUUUUAUGCACUACAAUAUUAAUUCAAUUUAUAUUGAUAAGUGUAAUUUUUGGAAAUAUUGGAUUUAUGAUUAACUAAACAAAUUCAUAAAUUUUUAGUAAUGUUGAAACUCAUUCAAAUAAUUAAUUUUAUUAAGUAGCAAAUUAAGUAGGAAUUGUUUUUUAAUCUCAUUUAUACUAUUUGUCAUAAUAAUUGUAAACUACUGUUUAAUUUUUUUCAUAAUUGUUCAAUCCAUUAAUGCAAUUUGAAUCUUUUAAUUCUUAUUAAACAUGUGAGAUUUUAACAUAAUAAAAUUAUUUAGAAGUAUGCUUUUAUGCUCAAUAAAAUACAAAAUAGCUUUAUAAUUUAAAUCAAUAAACUUAAAAAAUAAUAGGAUAUUUAACAAAUUACAAAAAUUUCCUUCCAUUUAUUUUUGUAGAAUCUGUCAGACAGAAAAUUCAAGUAAUAAAGUUAAUUAAAACUAGAGAUUUUCUAUUUUGAUAUACAACCCUGUUGAAUAAGUUGAAAUCUAUAUGAUUUAUCCAGCUAAUUAAAUUAAAAAAUAUUUUAUGAAUAAGAAAAAACAUAAAUAAAUUUAAUUAUAAGGGCCUUAUAUUAAUCCAACUAAUGAAUAAUAAAUUCUGAUGAGUUUAUAGUAAUAAAUUACAUUUUAAGAUUUUUCAAUAUGUAAUAAUUUGAUAAUAUCAUUUAAGUUUUUACAAUUGAGUUUUCAUUAUAAUCAAUAGAAUCUUUAUUUUUUGAUAUUAAUUAUUAUUAAUCUACUAUAUUGGCAAUAGCUGAUUAGAGUGGUAGUUUAAUUUAUUGUCCAAUUGAUUGGAAUGUAAGUUAUUAAACAUCAAUCCAAAAAAUAUAUGAUUAUUCUAAUAUAUCUGGCUUUAAUAUUACUAGAAUACCUAUAAAAUAAAUUAACCUCAUAGAUUUAUAAAAUCAAACUUACAGUUUAAUUUAGUUACCUUUCUCAGGAAAGUAUAACUCAUAUUAAUUAAGUUCUUUUAUUAAUAAUACAAAUUAAAAUAUAGAUUUUUAUGUUUAUUUGUAUAUUUUCAAUGAACAAUUACUCACAACUUUUACUUUAAUAAAUGAUAUUAUGUAAAGAGAAGACACAGUCAUAAUGUUUAUAAAUAUAUCUUCAACAAUUUUAACAAUAUCAUUAGUUUUCAUCUUCACAUAUUUAAUUUCUGUUAGAAUAAGCAGACCUUUAAACAAAUUAGUUAAUAUUUCUAGAUAUAUGUCCAAUAAUCUUACUAAAAAAAAUAUUUCUAAUGAAAUUUUAAAUGAAAUUAAACAUAUUGAAGCAUCAAAUCAAAUUGCAGAUUUAAUAAAAGUAUUUAAAAAUUUAGUUGAAUCUAUUAAAAAUAAAAUAAAUUCAAAAAAAUCAAUUGUAAAAAAAAAUGUUGUGCAAUAUCCUUUAAAUUAAUAUGAUCCAGAAUUUAUUAAUAAAACUAAAAAUAAAACUGACAUAAAUUGGAAUCCAACAAUAAAUGAAAUUGAUGAAUGA